UAUGUGCUGCUUUAAAUGUGUUUACGGACUUGCCGGCAGCCCACAAGGAACAGAAAGAGGGCCGGUCCAUGAUCUUAUAAAGACAGGAAGGAGCCAAACACCUCAGUUUGAAUUCCCGCGGCAAACUCGCUCCAGAGCGGCUCUAUAAACUUCUGCCUCCAGCAGUGACAUGGCGGUGCCUUAUGAUCCAGAGGUGCAGUUUAAACUGGCUUAUAUGGAGUCAGGAAAAGUGAUUACUGAGCAGAAAACUCAGGAGAGGGGACAGUGGUCAAGUAAAGUGGAAUUUAUCUUGGCUGUGGCUGGACAGAUUAUUGGACUGGGAAAUGUGUGGAGGUUUCCCUACCUGUGCUACAAGAAUGGAGGAGGAGUGUUUUUCAUUCCAUAUGUGGUCUUCUUGGUUGCCUGUGGCAUUCCACUGUUCCUCUUGGAGAUCUCACUCGGUCAGUACACCGCUCAGGGGAGCAUCACCUGUUGGAGAAAAAUUUGCCCAUUGUUUGAAGGGUUGGGCUAUGGGAGUCAGGUGGUCGUAUUGUAUUCCAGCAUCUACUACAUCAUCAUCCUGGCUUGGGCAUUCUUUUAUCUAUUUUCCUCCUUUAGCUCUCAGUUGCCAUGGGCUAGCUGCAGAAACACAUGGAACACAGAAAACUGUUUUGAGUUUGACAGCAUGGGCGGUUUUAACCUGAGCAAACCACAGAAUGCAACGUCUCCUGUUACAGAGUUCUGGGAGAGGAGGGUGCUAAAUAUCACAGAUAGUUUGCAUGAGCUGGGCAGUUUGAGGUGGGAGCUGGCUCUAUGUUUGCUGCUGGCCUGGAUCAUUUGCUACUUCUGUGUAUGGAAGGGAGUAAAGUCUACUGGCAAGGUUGUCUAUUUUACUGCUACCUUUCCUUAUGUGAUGCUGGUGGUGCUGCUUGUGCGUGGAAUCACGCUGCCUGGAGCCAUUGAUGGCAUUGUAUUCUACCUCUAUCCAGAUCCUUCACGCCUCUUAGACCCACAGGUGUGGAUGGAUGCUGGAACACAGAUCUUUUACUCCUACGCUAUCUGCAUUGGGUGCCUCACUGCUCUGGGAAGUUACAACAAGUACAACAACAACUGCUACAAAGACUGUGUGUAUCUGUGCCUGUUGAACAGCGGGACCAGCUUUGUGGCUGGCUUUGCCAUUUUCUCUGUGCUGGGCUUUAUGGCCUAUGAACAGGGGACAGACAUCUCAUUGGUGGCAGAGUCAGGUCCUGGGUUGGCCUUUAUUGCAUACCCUAGAGCUGUUGCAAUGAUGCCUGUACCCCAAUUAUGGGCUAUUUGUUUCUUCGUUAUGAUUAUUCUGCUGGGCUUGGACAGUGAGUUUGUGGGUUUGGAGGCCCUGAUGACAGCCAUAACUGAUCUGUACCCAUCCUUCUUUCUCUCGGGUCAUCGACGCAAGUUCUUCCUUCUCCUGAUCUGCACUAUAAGCUUUUUUAUAGGCCUGAUCAUGGUGACUGAGGGUGGCCUGUACAUUUUCCAGUUGUUUGAUUACUAUGCCUGCAGUGGAAUGACUCUGCUACUGUUUGCCGUUUUACAGUCCAUGUGUGUAGGGUGGGUAUAUGGUGCUGAUCGUCUGUAUGAUAAUAUUGCAGACAUGAUUGGCUAUAGGCCAUUGUCCUUAGCAAAGUACUGUUGGAAGUACGUCACUCCUGUAGUGUGCACAGCUACAUUUGUGUUCUCUCUGGUCAAAUUCACUCCUCUGAAGUUUAACAACACAAUUGAGUAUCCAUGGUGGGGCUAUGCUAUUGGUUGUUGGUUCACUCUCUCUUCGACCCUCCUGGUUCCUCUUUGGAUGAUCUAUGCUCUCCUCAGAUCUAAAGGCUCACUGAAACAGAGAUUACGAGUUCUGUGCACUCCAGCAAGCGACCUUCCUUCAACCUUGAAACAAGGGGAGACGCUGUGAAACUAACAGCUGUAGUGGCCUUAUUGCUCUGUACAUCAGCAAGGACAUCUUUGAAGCACAAAGGACUAUAGUUAUGUCAAUCACAGAUACCCCUUAAAGCACAUUUACACAGGCCUUUUGGCUUCCUCUCCACCGUCAAUGCUGCGAUGUUACACACUCUAGCACAGUCACCAUAUGUAACGGUUAUAAGAGUGGUGCUCAUCUAAGUGUUAAAAGACUCAAAAUAUUACCAUAGAAGACCUCAUUGUGAAAUGACUGUUGCAAGCUGCUGGUUGCUGUAUUUAAAGCAGCAAAGGAUACUAUACACUUUGAAUGGUACGGUCCUAUCCAUACCUGUACUGUUUUACCAGGUGUACACUGUACACCGUCAUGUUUGUUGCCAAUCAUAACUCUGUCAAUAGGUUCAGGGAGCAAAGGGCGAGAUCAUUAUAAUGUGGAGCGAAGGCAAGGACUAAUCCAUGUCCACACAGCUGUCGUGGAUGGUGAAGAGUGAACAAGGAGAACGUUUGUGUUGUCUUUUCUUGAAGAAUGAGAAGAAUGUGAGCUGUUGAUUUAUUGAGCGUUUUUAAUUGCAUUACUACAACACAGCCUGAGGCCAACAUGAACUGUAACAUUUUAACAAUGUUAUACUAUCUUUAAAUUCACUCAAUCUGUAGAGUGUUCUUGCAUUUAAGAGUUUAUUUAAGAACAAUACAUUCUACUGAAACACACUGAGACCUUUUAUCUGAAGGAAAGCCAAGGUCGUGCUGUUAGGGGGACAUUGCGCUACUUCAGCAGCUCUCUGAGAUUCUCAGCUGUUGAAAUCAAGAUAUGUUAUUGUAAGAUCCUACAGUAAAUAAAUAACUAAACCUAAGAAUAAACUAAGCAGUGGACCAGCGCUAAUUUUGGAUGGACCAGUUAACACUAGAACAUGAACGAUUAUAAAACAGAAGCCAGUCCAACUACUGGUGGCAGGGAAGCAACUUGGACUUUCAGCUGACCUACUUGGCUUCCACUAGGCAGCUAUUUGGUGACAGAAAAGCAGGUCAUGUGCUGGCGACUGAAAGUUCCUUUUCCAUGGUGUGUGGUUUGGUGAGUUCAACUCAACUGCACAUGAUCAGACUUCCCAAAAAUUUUUGUUUUUUAACAAUACAGCAGUUGUCCCAAAUUAAUAUAUUAUAAAGUGAUUCUCAGUUUAAAUAUAGCAUUUGUGUAAUUCCAUCUAAAAGUAAUGAUAUUUAUAUAUAUAUCCUCAUCCUAAUCUCACUUAAGGUCCAUCUAGGCCUGAUUGCAGUGAACAACCCAGAUGAGGCCCAGGUUUAACCCACCCUGCUUCCAUUACUGACAUUCACAUGUGGAGUCAACAUAGAACUCGUAAACAAAACCUUCUGGUUCCCAAUUGGCCAUACAGCCCCUACAGGUCCCACAUGUUACAGGUCCCAUGCAUCUGGGAUGCUAGGACGCAGAUACUGUGCCAUCUUUAUGACCUGCACUCCAUACAUUACUGUAUUUAAACAGAACGUAGCACUUACUUCUAGUGUCUUUAUUCCUGCUUUUGUAGGCAAUUAUCUGAAAAAUGUUAGCAUGUGUAAUUCAAAAGGAAUAUCUACUAUGUAUGUUAGAAUUUAGCAUUAAUAUGAACCAUCUAAUCUUAUGUACUGAUAGCACAAUGUGUUAGGAAUGUACUUGUACAUUUUUAAAGAAUGUUUCAGAUCAUUUGUCUCCUAAGAAUUAAUCUAGAAGAAAAUUUUUGCUUUAACAUUGGAGGCCUGACAUUUUUAAGAAGAUGUCUCAAUGUGUCUUUUAAUAAACUUGGCUUACAGUGUAA